UACGACCUGACCAUGGAUCUGCUGCGUGUUUACGAGUGGCUCGACAUCAAGACCAUUUUGUUAUUUUCUUGUGUUUUUUUGUUGCUGGCUGAUUAUAUAAAAAAUAAAGCGCCGAAAAACUUUCCUCCUGGACCAUGGUCUUUGCCGAUUAUUGGAGACCUUCAUCAUAUUAAUCACAACAAGAUUCAUCUUCAGGUGGCAAAGUUUGCAGAAAAAUAUGGAGACAUUUUAAGCAUUCGAUUUCUCGGACCAAGAAUUGUUAUGUUGAACGGGUACAAAAGAGUUAAGGAGGUCUAUCUACAACAAGGCGACAACCUCGCUGGUCGACCUGUGCUUCCUAUGAUUUAUGACAUGGCCGAAGACAAAGGUUUAGUUGUUGCCAGUGGGUAUAAAUGGAAGCAACAGAGGAGAUUUGCACUAUCAACUCUUCGAAACUUUGGAUUGGGAAAGAAAAGCCUGGAGCCAUCCAUUCAUCUUGAAUGUACAUUUCUGAAUGAGGCCAUUUCAAAUGAGCACGGUCAACCCUUUAACCCUCAAAUCCUGCUGAACAAUGCUGUCUCAAAUGUGAUCUGUGUGCUUGUGUUUGGUCAUCGAUUUGAGUACAGUGACAAUGACUUCCAGUCUCUGCUGAAGAAUAUCAAUGAGGCUAUGUUUCUGGAUGGAAGAGUCUGGGCUCAACUGUAUAACAUGUUCCCAUGGCUCAUGCGGCGAGUGCCUGGACCACACAAAAAAUCAUUUGUUCUGUGGCAGAAGGUGAUUGACUUUGUUCGAGAGAAAGUGAAUGCACACAGAGUAGAUUAUGAUCAAUCAAAUCCUCGAGACUACAUUGACUGCUUCCUUGCUGAAAUGGAAAAACUUAAAGACGACACUGCCGCUGGGUUUGAUGUGGAGAACUUGUGCAUCUGUAGUCUGGAUCUGUUUGUAGCGGGAACUGAGACCACCUCCACCACUCUCUACUGGGGUCUUCUCUACAUGAUGAAAUAUCCUGAGAUACAGGCCAAAGUUCAGGAGGAGAUUGAUCGUGUUGUGGGAGGGUCACGGCAGCCAUCUUUAUCAGACAAGGACAACAUGCCAUACACCAAUGCUGUCAUUCAUGAAAUACAGAGAAUUGGAAAUAUUGCCCCAUUAAAUUUGCCUCGGGCUACUGUGGAAGAUACUCAGAUAGGAACAUACUCUAUUCCAAAGGGCACAGCUGUGAUCGGCAGUUUGACAUCAGUGCUGUUUGAUGAGUCUGAGUGGGAGACGCCUCACUCUUUUAACCCGGGUCAUUUCCUGGAUGCUGAGGGCAAAUUGAGAAAGAGAGAUGCCUUUUUACCUUUUUCUCUAGGAAAGAGAGUGUGUCCUGGAGAGCAACUGGCACGGAUGGAGCUGUUCCUCUUUUUCUCCUCUCUGCUGCAGCGCUUCACUUUCUCUUCACCAGCAGGGUUACAAGGCCAUGCUAAGGGGCUCAGGAUGACCUACCAUCUACGUGAGCUACGAGUGACCAAGAGAACUGUGAUAUUUAGAUGUUGAAUAACAGAUAUUAAAAAUCCUGUUGUAUCCUGUAUUUCUAUUCUGCAAGAUUAAUGGCUGUAUAGUAUGUGUGUAACUAACCAUACUGAUAAGAUGCUCGCUAGAAGCUAGAAAACCUUGAGAUGCAGAUAAGGUCUCUGUGUGUAUGUAUGUGUGUGUGUGUGUGUCGGCAUCUAUUCUCUGUGUUAGAUGAGAAGACUGUCUCCUGCCGCCAUCCUGAUCCGAGCUGAGGUGUCUUCUUCUUCAUUUGCUGAUGCCUGCAAUAAUCAUUUGGAGAUAUGCUUGAAAUUUUACGUCCAUAUGUGAAAACUGUCUAAGUUUAUCUAGGUUUUGGAACCAAUCAGAAUUUUGCUGACUUGUGCAUUGAUGCAAUUAGCAUCCUCUGUCAGGGUAUAAUUGUUGGUGAUUUUGAAUUGUACGCAGAGCGGCCGACGAACUCCAUUGAGACUGUUAAAGCUGACUCCUGCCUGAAACCGCAAACUAUUUCUUCAGUAAAUUUCUUCAAUUGAAACGAAUCUCUUGACUCCUUGCCUUCAUUCAACCACACGUGGUCCUUUGGGUUUUAACUGUUAUUCCCCAACUGUUAAAUGGUGGAGGAUCCAUGGGCAGUCGUUCUUUGGUGACAUCCCUGAUCAAUCAACAAACCAAGGUAGGAAAGAUUUUAGUAAUUUAUAAAUAAUAAAGUAAAUUAUGUAAUAUUAUUAUUUCUGGUUAUGGACUGUCUGUGAGCGGAGGGGGUACGAGAGAGGGAAGAAUGGUAAACUCGCUCAGACGUGAGUGGAGGACACCAGACUUCUAUGUGAAGUUGUUUUGAGAAAACUGGUGUCACAAUUACGGUACACCUGUUACGUUAAGUUACCUUGUGACUGUAAAGGUGUACGAGUGCACAUCUAUAGGUCUUAGAGAUAGACUUGGAUUUGAGAUAUUGAGAGGUGUGCACAGUCACUAGGCACUAAGAGCCGUAGAGGCAAAAGUGCAUUUGUGGCAUUGAGAGCCAUAGAAAAUGUAAGACGCUUUAGAAGGGGUUCUAGUCGAAAAUCGCUCUUCCAACUCUCGACUCCCACCAUUACAGACAGGGGCGCCCCAAGCUUUAGUGAAUAGGUCAGGUCAGUGGUUAGGGAACAAAAUACCCAAAAUUACUGUUAUAAAUAAAUAAUGAUCAUUUAUAUGUGCACAUAUGACUAUAUAGAUAUAUAGGCUAAGGGAAAGCAUCGGGAAUAACCCCGAAAUUGCAAAAAAAAUAUUUUAUCCUAUUUGGACUGGACAGGUGUUGUCAGGAAUACUUUGCAAUUUCAGACGCAGAAGUUAAGCCAUUGUUUAAUAAGUCAUUGCCUUGAUACCUCGAUUUUUGAUUGCUGCUAGCAUAUCUCGAGGGCUUCAAUUGUGACAUAAAAAUCACAAAAAUAAAUAUGGCUGGCAAAAGUAACAAGCCGCCUACAAAAACAGAUUUUGUUGAAACAGACCAGGGCAAGCUCUGUAAGCAGAUCUGCUCUGAAACUUUGACUUCAAAGAAAUUCUCUGAACUCAUCAAACGAAUGGUUAGUCAGGGGUUUGAUUCUGACUGGAAAGCAGAAAAGCAGUUAGAAUGGCUACAGUCUAAGAAAGAACCAGAGAAGCAUAAAUUCUUAGCUGUGUGUGCUUAUUCAUGGAUUUGUAAACAGGGAGGAAUUCCCUUAACAGAAGAUGGCACAAUUCCAGAGGUAGUUGAAUGCUGGAAAGAUUUGAGUGCUAAUUGUGAUAAAGUGGCUGAGAUUUCUGGAAUUGAAAUGGGGAAGGAUCUGAGUGGUUUUAGCAAAGGGUUAUCUGUUGUCUUUAAAAAGGCAGAGAAAGCUGAAACAUGUAAUGUGAUUCCAACUGUGUCUAUCCCCACUGCUCCUGAUCUCUCCUCUCUGACUGUGCAGGCCGCAGCCAUGACAGGCUCCGCGCCACAGACACAGACUGAGAACCAGAUUGAUUCGCCUUACAGUAUUGCUAGAAGGUUACUGGAUGCAGCUAUUGCUGGGGCGCCGCCCCCUUAUCCAGACACCCCCGAGCUUUCUAUGCCACAUGCAAAUGUUGACAAAAAGGCUGAGAACACAGAGGUCUCACUCUCUCCCCCAGGGUGGAGUGGAGCCCCUUCCAGAGGGAGGGCCUUCCCUGCGCCCAUUAGAGGUGUUGCUGAUGACCAGAGAAACACUAAAAUGGGGACAGGAUUUGAGAGAGGGGAGUGGACUAGACUUACAGCCGCUGAGAAAAACCAUUUGGUUACUGGCAUAGAACAUUUCGAACUGUUUAGCCCAAACAAAGUUUUGUGGGAUAAACUAGAGGCUGUGGCUAGACAGCAGAAUUUAGGAAUAGCAGAUGUGCAGUAUAUGGUAGAAACGCUUGUGCCACACAGUAAAUUAAGCAGAGUUCAGGCUAUCAGAGUUGACCCCCUUGUUCCUGAUGAUUGGGCUGAGUAUUGUCAGGCAUAUAGAGAAUACAAAGAACAGGUGCAAGACCUGUUGGGGAGGGGAUCUUUUCCUUGGACUAGUGUGACCCAAAUUAAACAAAGGCCUAAUGAAAGUCCCUUAGAGUAUGUUGAACGUUUUCGUGCUGCUUAUGAAAAUGACUGUGCUGCAAAUAAUAACAAUGAAGAUUAUGAUUCCGCAAUUAUCAUUGAAUCCGCCAUAAGCGGACUGUCUAAGCGAUAUAGGGAUCUGCUCAUUUCUGGUUCUGUUAACAUUCCAAAUUGGUACUCUCUGCUACAGUGGAGCGCAGUGAUUUGGAGCCGUCUGCAGAGUGAACCAGGUGCAACCCCCGUAGCUGUUGCUGCCGUUGCUGAAGCGGAAACAAAUCCACCCAAGGUUAAAGUGUGUCAUAACUGCAGCCAAGCAGGCCACAUCAGCCGUAAUUGUACAAACGGCCCACUAAGAUGUAGUAAAUGUAACAGGAUUGGCCAUCUGUAUAACCAGUGUAAAGCUAUCUUGCCUCCAUUUCAAGGGAAGAAAGGUAGAAGUGACAGACAGAAAAAUCGGCCAAUCCUUGUCUGACAGUGACAUCAUGAGGCUGAAGAAACUGUUGGGGGACUAGGGGUCAGCGGCCUCCGGUUCCUGUGAUGUAACUGACCCUAGACCUUAUAUUCAUGCGCCGUUAGGAGGCCGGCAAUGUAUAGCAUUAAUCAAUACUGGGGCUCAAGUUAGCAUCACAAAUAUUGCUUGAGAAACUACUUCUGAUUUCAUGUACAUUGAAGGAUUGAAUGGCAAAGAAAUGUAUCAUAAAUCUGUUCCUGUCCCUCUUUCUCUUGCAGACUCUCAUAAAGUAUUUUGGGCUGAAUUCUGGGUUGGGAAAAACACUGUGGGAACUAUAAUUGAUGUUAACAUUCUGAAUUAUCUGAUUAUCUGAUGUUUUGCUUUCAACAGAUAAGCUCGUGCUCGGCUGCAAUGAAGUAAUUUGCUUAUCUCGUGCCAGGCCACACCAUGGAGCUGGAUGCGCGGUGGCUGAAACUGUAAGUGCUGUAAAUAUAACAGAAACUAGACCUGAAUGGAAAUACAUUAUUUCCAAAUUUCCUGAUGUUUGGGCUAAAGAUAAAUUUGAUUGUGGUAAUGCUAAAAUUCAGCCACUCAGCAUCCCAGGUCCCAUGCAUGAUGCCAAAUGCCAAUAUCCUUUGAAAAAUUAUGCUCGUUUAGGAGCUGAAAGAUUGUUGACGAGCUACAUAAACGGGGGAUUGUUGUGCCUUGUUCAUCUCCCACUAACUCGCCUAUGUGGCCAGUCAAAAAGCCUGAUGGGAGCUGGCGUUUGACAAUUGACUAUACAGCCUUGAAUGCAGUUACUACGAAAGUGCACCCCCUGGUGGCCAACCCAGCCACAAUUUUGAAUGAGAUUGGAUCUGAGCAUUGCUAUUUUACUGCUUUGGACAUUGCUAAUGUCUAAAGGACUUUGUACACUGAACUUUCUAAGCCCCUCACAGAAGCGAAUGGACAGAGGAGAUGGAGGAGGCGUUUGUGAGUAUCAAAGAGACUCUUUCUUCUUGUCCUGCACUUAGACAUGCAGAUGCCCGCAGGGCCUUCCAUCUGUGAACCUGGGUGGGGGAGAAAUCCUACUCGGCUGCCCUGGAUCAGCGUGUUCCUGGAAGGACUUCGUACGGUAAGGUGGGGUACUACUUUACGCCGAUCCCCGUUUCCAUGACCGGACAGCAUCCAUGCUUGCUGAUUUGUGACUGUGCUGAAUGGGCCGUGAAAGCAACAGAGGAGAUCGUCACGCACCAGAAAGUGGUACUGCACACAAGACACCAGAUACUUAAGCUGCUCACAAACACACGCUUGGGCACGAUUUCAAAUCAAUGACGAGCGAUGUGAUGGAGGAGAUGGAGGAGGAGCUGCGACUACGGAAGUUGGCAAACAGUCUGCAGCAGCUGACGAAGGAUGACAUCAACACCCUGUUGUGAGUGGAAGGGUUGGGAGAGCCCUAAGCAUGGUGAUUGGAUUAAAUAGUAUCCAGCAUGUCCAUGAUAGGGUGAAGAGACAAAUUGUGACCCGUCAAGGAAACAUGCAUCACUACUCCACCUUCCGUAGCGACCUCACUUGGUAGACCAGACGUGGAGUAUUGGACUCCAUACUCUAAAACGGGGGACAGAAGGAGAGGAUGGAGUGGAUGCCGAUCUGACCAUAUCCUUCCUUCUGAUAUUAAUUAUUUUAUUGAUAUAUAUUGUGUGAUUAUUAAUCAAGUUAUUAAUCAAUAUUUAGCCUCCCAGAUUGUUUGAUGAUUGACUUAAGAAGUAGAGCCGUCUAUAUUCGUAUAGACUGAAGUGUGCAUAUAUCCUUUUUAGAAGUGGUCAGAGUAAAAGGUGUGAACACAUGCUGAGUGUAUUCUUUCCUUAGGGUCACAAGGCCAUGCUAAGGGGCUCAGGAUGACCUACCAUCUACGUGAGCUACGAGUGACCAAGAGAACUGUGAUAUUUAGAUGUUGAAUAACAGAUAUUAAAAAUCCUGUUGUAUCCUGUAUUUCUAUUCUCCAAGAUCGAUGGCUGCAUAGUAUGUGUGUAACUAACCAUACUGAUAAGAUGCUCGCUAGAAGCUAGAAAACCUUGAGAUGCAGAUAAGGUCUCGGUGUGUAUGUGUGUGUGUGUGUGUCGGCAUCUAUUCUCUGUGUUAGAUGAGAAGACUGUCUCCUGCCGCCAUCCUGAUCCGAGCUGAGGUGUCUUCUUCUUCAUUUGCUGAUGCCUGCAAUAAUCAUUUGGAGAUAUGCUUGAAACGUUUAUGUCCAUAUGUGAAAACUGUCUAAGUUUAUCUAGGUUUUGGAACCAAUCAGAAUUUUGCUGACUUGUGCAUUGAUGCAAUUAGCAUCCUCUGUCAGGGUAUAAUUGUUGGUGAUUUUGAAUUGUACACAGAGCGGCCGACAAACUCCAUUGAGACUGUUAAAGCUGACUCCUGCCUGAAACCGCAAACUAUUUCUUCAGUAAAUUUCUUCAAUUGUAACACAUCUCUUGACUCCUUGCCUUCAUUCAACCACACCUGGUCCUUUGGGUUUUAACUGUUAUUCCCCAACAGUUCCCAGCCACAUUCCUGGAACUAGCAAGACUUGGAUUAGCUGGUUUAUGUGUGUUUAAUUACUGUUGAAGCUAAACUCUGCAGGACAGGAGCAGGAAUGGACACCACUGAUUUGAAACUAAAAGCUGGUACAUUUUUACUAGUCCUUGAUAAACAUUUUGUUUCUUUAGGGCACAGCUGUGAUUGGCAAUUUGACAUCAGUGCUGUUUGCUGAGUCAGAGUGGGAGACGCCUAAAUCUUUCAACCCGGGUCAUUUCCUGGAUGCUGAGGGCAAAUUCAGGAAGAGAGAUGCCUUGUAGCUGCCGUCAGAGGCAACUCUCAUAUAUUUCAGUUCAUAAUAUGCACUUUAUAGUUAAAAGUUCUGACGGCAUUGUUGGGACAUAAAAGGGAUGCAAGACUAGAAUGUACAAGACACACUACAGACUCGUGUCCGAAUAAAUCUCUGUUAAAACCAAGAACGACCUGAGCCUUUGAUUCAACUCGAGGGGAGUAUCAUGCCUUUUACCUUUUUCUCUAGGUAUAGAAAACUUGCGUUACCCAAAAUUUUUUGCAUUUUUCCUCCCACCUCAUAUUUUUUUUCAUCCCCAUGUCUGUUUAGGGGCUCAGUAGAAACUUGUUUCAUAGGAAAUUAGCCUAUUAAAAUUGAAUGAUUUUUUCCCCAUGCCACAAUAUUUGUUAUUGGAAUACAAUUAUUUCUCUAUGUAUUUUUCAGAAGUGCAAGACAUAUACAAGAUAUUUUCUCUUUGUUACUAAUUUUAGGAAAGAGAGUGUGUCUUGGGGAGCAACUGGCACGGAUGGAGCUGUUCCUCUUUUUCUCCUCUCUGCUGCAGCGCUUCACUUUCUCUUCACCAGCGGGUGUGGAGCCCAGCAUCGAUGUCCCUUACCAUAUAAAUUAUGUGCAAUGCCACGUUAAGAGAAGCAAUUAAUUCAAAUAUGUGAUCAUUGAUUGUUUAUGUUUAUGAGACACAAAGUAAGGAACUGAAGUAUUUGAUAAAUUGUGAUGCAAUGUAUAUUUUUAUAUUUUACAAUGGACCUAGUCAGGCUAGCACCAUUAAUUAUUGACAGGAAUGAAAACAAAGCUGUGAGAGAUAGAAGUACAUGCAUUCAGUGGAUUGUACAACAUACCAAUUGUUCAGCUGACAAAACAUCUUUCCAAAAACUCCAUAAAACAGUUUUAAAAGUCAUAAGUUGUGAAAAUUACAAUAUCUAUACAAUGCAUACCAUUGUAAAGACUGGAAGUCUAUUCCUCACAUCCAAGAUUCCAUCCAUAUUUAAUUUAAUAUGGCAUCUAACCUAAUUAAGGUCUAUGUAUAAUUUGAUGUGAUAUAUCUGAUCUGAUCUCUGUAGUGGGCUUACAUAAUGAUUUGACCAAUGAAAUUCUGAACAUUAAAUUCUUGAAAAAUCUAACAAAAUUAAGUUAUUUUAUACUUAAAUCAAGAAAGAAUAUGUCGAUAGAACUUGUUUUCCUUUUGAAUUACAAUAAUUUUUCUGAGCCCAUUGACAGAUAUUUGUUUUUGGUUUUAAUCAUAAACUCAUAUAAUUUUGAUCAGUUCCACAAAAAAAUAUGUCAUUCUGCUUUUCAAGUUAAUAUACACAGGGACAUUAAGAUCUUUGGAGAUAGACUUGUAGCCUUGAGAUUGUCCGUGUUUUUCCAAAAAAAUUUCUCUCAAAUCCACAGACAACUCUUUACAUUUCUUUCUUUUCUCCAUGCUCAGUGUGACACAACACAAAGGUUGAGUCAACUUUUCUCAAUUUUAACUGGUUGCAAGUGUGAUUACUAUAUUGCCCACACCUGUUACUUGCCACAGGUGUGUCUAAAUACAAAUUACAGGAGCAUCACUUGCUUGAAAAGCAAUUAUUUCUUACAAUUUUGACAAGGUGCCAAUAAUUUUGUCCAGUCCAUUUUUUAGUUCUGUGUGAAAUUUUAUUAAGUUUGACUUUUCUUCUCUGUUUUUUUGUGUUGUUGCAGUGCAAACAAAAACAAUAAGCAUGUGAGUAGCAAAACAUUUGCAAUUGGAACAAUUUUCUGAGAGAAGUGUUGCAUUUUCUGACAGAAUUGCAAGGGUGCCGAUAUUUUUGGCCAUGACUGUAUAUAGUUUGGGUUGUUUAAAUAAGAUAGCCUAUUUUA